GUUGUGGGCGUGGCCAUACGUCACAGUGGAUCCAAGAUAACCUCGUGGAAAACCUGUAAAAUCUGUCUCUUUGAUUAAGCAUUAUAACAAAGUCUGACUGUCAGUUUCCUUUUUAUGUCUGAUUGUCGGUGUUAAAGUAGUUUGUUGUCAGUAAUCUUAAGCCAAAAGGCAGUAAAAACUUUCAGGGACACAAUAGUCCCCUCUGGAACCAUUAAAAUAAUAAUACAAUCCAAAACAAACAAAGACUGAUGUCUAGAUUGGGUGUGGUGUUUGGUGGCUCAUGUGGCAUUGGGCGAGCGGUAUCCCAACUGCUGGCACUAAAGGGGCAUCGAGUUGCAGUGAUCUCCAGGAACCAGGAAGCAGCACAGGCCACAGUAGACACGCUUUCCGGAGCGGAUCAUAUGGGUCUGGCUUGUGAUGUUACCCAAGAGCAGGAGGUUCAGAGAACAUUCAAAACCAUCACUAAGACCUGUGGUCCUGUGGGAUACCUGGUCAAUGCAGCAGGCAUCUACAGGAAUGCAUUAUCGAUGAGUAAACCUAAUGACACAGUUUCUGUUUUUCACACCAACCUGCUUGGCUCCAUGCUGACCUGUUGGGCAGGGUCACAGAGCAUGCACACUAACGGAGGUGCUAUUGUCAACAUAGGUUCAGUGGUGGGUUUGAAUUGUAACGCUGAUCAGAGCUUGUACAGCAUUAGCAAAGCCAGCCUAAAGGGCUUCACACGUUCUCUAGCCACAGAGGUCGCGUCCCGAAAUAUUCGAGUCAACAUGGUAGCUCCAGGAUUCAUCCGGACAGACAUGACAGCAGAGCUGAACGAAGACGAGCAUAGAAAGCGGAUCCCACUGGGCCGCUUUGGUGAUCCGGUUGAAGCAGCGCACGCCGUUCUGUUCCUUCUGGAAUCUCCGUACAUCACCGGCCAUGUCAUGUCGGUGGAUGGAGGACUUCACCUGACCAUGUGAUUCCUGAUCCCCGCUCAUUCCUGCCCACUUUUUCAGCAAUAAAGGAAUAAGCAAAAGGGAGGACUUGACUUUGUGUAGUUACAGAUCUCGAAUUAAAAUUCUUUGUAAACAGGA